CAUCAUCUUCAUCACAAUCUUCGUCAUUCACAUCACAUAUACGCAAACACCUCCGAUCAAUAAAAAAAAAAAUGGCGAAACUCUCCAGUAUUCUCAUGCUCUUCUUCAUCUUCAUCACAAGCGGCAUUGCUGUUUCAGCCACCGUCUUCACUUUGCAGAACAGUUGUCCUUACACCGUCUGGCCGGGAAUUCUCUCCGGCAACAGUAACACCCUCGGCGACGGCGGAUUUCCCUUGACUCCAGGCGCUUCCGUACAGCUCACCGCUCCUCCGGGAUGGUCAGGCCGGUUCUGGGCUCGUACCGGCUGCAGCUUCGAUUCCUCCGGCCACGGUAACUGCGUCACCGGAGACUGCGGCGGCGUCCUCAAAUGCAUCGGCGGCGGAGUUCCUCCAACCACUCUUGCCGAAUUCACCGUCGGAUCAGGCGAUUCCGGCAAGGAUUUCUACGACGUGAGCCUCGUCGACGGUUACAAUGUCGAGAUGGGGAUAAAACCCCAAGGAGGUUCCGGCGAUUGCAAAUACGCAGGCUGCGUCGCCGACGUCAACACGGUUUGCCCUAGCGAGCUCCGGAUCAUGGAUCCGCACACGGGAAUCAUCGCGGCGUGUAAGAGCGCUUGCGCGGCGUUUAAUUCGCCGGAGUUUUGCUGUACCGGAGCUCACGCGACGCCGCAAACUUGUUCUCCGACGCAUUACUCGGCGAUGUUUAAGAACGCUUGCCCUAGUGCUUACAGUUACGCCUACGACGACGCAACUAGCACAUUCACUUGUUCCGGAUCUAACUAUUUGAUCACUUUCUGCCCCACCCGGUCUUAGAGAUUCGGGUCGGGUUUCUGUUCUCACGUUUCUUUUGCUUAUUUAUAUUUUAUGUACCGGAAAGAUUAUGACUUUGUAUCUUCUUCCAUUUUUUAAUGAUUU